AUGACUUAUCUUCUUGAGCUUCUUUUUCAGUUGUGUCCUACCAUGGUAAUUCUAUUAAUAGUUUUGAGCUCUUGUGAAAAAUGUUUGGAUCAAGUGCGCUACAUUGGAUUUGUUCUACAUAACAUAGAGAAAAACAUCGAUGACGAAAGGAUUAAUACUUUAACCGAAAACUUUUCACUGCAAAUUUUACACGAGCCAUUGAUUUUUACAACGGGAUUUUUCGACAUGGAUUUUAUGUUCUUGAAAACAAUUAUUGCAAGUAUAACCACUUAUAUGGUUAUAUUUAUUCAGUUCAUGCCAAAGACAGAAAUAUCCACGGAAGCGCUCAUAACAGCAAACCAAACAAGAGCUAUAAAAGAUCAUAAAAAUGAAUAUGAAAUUGCUUUAAUGGAGUCACAUCGCCACAGCUUUGAAAGCCACAUCGUCCCGAAACUUUUGUGUUGCUACUUCAGCCACAAACCAGAAUUAAAAGGAGCAUAA